CUAGAUAGAGUUGAGGGACCAAGAUAAAAAUAAAAGUAUCCCGAAAAGGAAGAAAGGGUAAAAAUAAUAAUUGUUACAGCUCAAUACUAUCUGGUGUUGCAGCGAACGGUUGUAUAUUACCCUGAAACGGCGCCGUUUUACAAAUUCUCAUCACAAAACGAUGACGGCAUUCUAGGGUUUAACCUAUUUCGGAACUCUGCUUCCAAGGGCAAAGAGGACUCUUCAUUUCUUUCGGCUCCGUUUUACGUUUUCUUCUCCCCACUAUAUUUUCGCCGUCUGAUUUUCUCUCUCUAAAAACCCUCUAAAACCCCAGUUUCCGGUUUUUCCGACGAUCACUGCAGUUGAGAAAUUUUUGGUUAUGAAGGACGAGCAAGGUGAUGUGGGUCCGGCCGGCGGCGGCGGCGGCGGCGCCGCCGUCGUUUCACUGUCACCCUUGAGUGGGAAAUUGGUUGGUGAACCUCUUGUUGAAAGUAUGGGAGGGGAAAAUCUGGUUGAGGAGUCUUAUGAAGAGGGUUAUGGAGGGGAAAUAAUGGUGGAAAUUGUGGGGUCCGACGUGUUUGUUGGUGGGGUCCGCGGCCACAAAGAGGGGUAUUUAGGGUCCGAAGAAGUUGGUAAUUUCAAGGACCAUGCAUGGCAGAACGGAGAAGAAAAUCCCUUUUCGGAUGGUAUGGAUGUGUGGGACGAAGAAAUCGAUGUCUGUUUUAAUGAAUCUGUUGAUCUACAAAAUGGUGGUGAAGUUAUGGAUGCGCGAUCGAGUAAAGAAGUUGUGGAAGGAAAAGUUUGUUUUUCGGAGACGGAAAUCGUCCAAACAGAUUCUGUCAUGUUCGAUGAUCCUGCUGUCAAGACGGAAGCUAGGCUCGACAUUGUUGUUGAAGAUUACGAAUUCCCUCAAAGUAAAGAACAAGUGUUUGAAGUUCAGAUAACCGAAUCAGAGUUCGGUACCGAAGAACACAAACCUGAGUUUCCUGAUGAAGAAUACGAGGGUAUUUUCGCCAUUUCAGAUAUGGUGUGGGGGAAAAUACGGAACCAUCCAUGGUGGCCCGGACAAGUAUUCGAUCCAGAACAUGCUUCAGACAAGGCUGUCCAAUAUUACAAGAAAGAUUCUUAUUUGGUUGCAUAUUUUGGCGAUGGAACUUUUUCUUGGAGCAAUUCGUCUGUGUUGAGGCCGUUUAGGUCAUAUUUCACACAAAUAGAGAAGCAGAGCAAUUCCGAAGCGUUUCAGAAUGCUGUCGACUCUGCCUUGGAGGAAGUUUCUAGAAGGGUGGAGCUAGGUUUGGCGUGCUCGUGUAUUCCGGAAGACGCGUACCGUAGGAUCGAAGCUCAAGUUGUGGAGAACACUGGUAUACGCGAGGAGUCGUGCCGUAGAUACGGUGUGGAUCACUCUAGCCGAGCCAGUUUUUUCGAGCCCGAUAAACUUCUCGAUUAUGUUAGAAACUUGGCAACUCAUGCAUCAUCAUCUUGUGGGGCUGAUCGAGUGGAUCUCGUUAUUCUUAGAGGACAGCUGUCUGCUUUUUCUCGAUUUAAAGGAUAUCGUUUGCCGACCGAAUUUCUGGAAAGUGACGAAAACAUUAGCGACGAAGUUGUUGGGCCCCACAGAGACAAACACACUCCAGAAGACGAUUCUUGCUAUAGGAAGGAGAGAAGCUUGAUGGAGCUAAUGGACGAUGAUGUGUCUUCUGGGAGAAAACAGAGAUCCAACGACCCGUUAACCAACGGGUCGGGUAAAUGGGUAAACGGCCAAACUCACAAGCCUUCCUUUCGAAUUGGAGACUGCGUCAGCAGAGUAGCCAGCCAAUUAACGCAGUCCACUUCGUCGGUGAAGGGCAAUAGUGUCGAAACGAUAACUGAUGAAAACCGUGGUCCGCUUAGUUCAACUGAAUCUUUUUCGGUGAACAAGAUAGUAUCUCAACUUCAUUCGGUGGCACAAAAACCCGAGAAAGAAAACGGGUUCGAAAAUAGUACCCGGACUUUCUUCUCGGGUUUCAGAAAUUCUGUUGUUUUAAAUCAACGAGGUAGAAAGAGAAAAGCUGAGUCAGCAAUAGGUGAAGAAUUUGAUUUCGGUGAUGCGACGAAUGAUUCUUAUUGGACGGACAGGAUUGUCCACACCAAGGAAGAGCAAACACUGCCUUAUAUCGAAAACCCCGUAAAACAAUCGGGUAUUAAAUCACAUUCUAGGAAGAGGUUUUCAGGUGGGGCCCACUCAGGAGCAGCCAUGGAAUUAGACGACAGUCUUCGAAGGAGAAAGCAAGAAUCUUCGCCCGCUGAGCUGAUACUGAACUUUGCUGACAAGAAAUGCGUUCCUUCGGAAAUAAAUUUGAAUAAAAUAUUUAGGCGGUUUGGGACUUUGAUGGAAUCUGAGACGGAAGUUGAUCGUGAUUUAGGUCGGGCGAAAGUGAUAUUUAAACGGGGCGCUGAUGCUGUAAUUGCUCAUGAUAGUUCUGAAAAGUUCAAUAUAUUUGGACCGGUUAUUGUUACUUACGAGAUUGGUUACUCGCCGUUGAUCUCGGUCAAGGUUCUGCCCCUUGAGAUACCUCAGUUUCCGGAAGACGAGAUUUUGAUGCUAUAGCUUUGGAUUUUACGGGUGAAAUUUAUCCGUCGUGGGGACUGUCUAACAUCGAAUCAACAUUUAGUCGAGAAUUAAUUACGUAGUCCGUUUUCUGAAGGAGGGAUAGAAGCUGCGAAAGUAGUUCUCAUUCUAGUUAUCAACUAUUAGUGCACAAAGAGAUGUAUUCAACCAAACCCUAUUUUGCAUAACAUUCAAUCUUUUGUAGGAGAGAUUAAUUAACUACAUCUGCUUUAUUUUCUUUCGAUUAUAAAUUUUUUUUAGUAAUAUUUUAAUAUCGAGCAUAAACUCGGUAUGUUGA